UCGGGUCAAACGUGCUUUCACGCACACUGGAGUCUAAUAGUCUACUCAGCAUCUAGUUAUUAAUAUUGCUUAGUAAUCGUGUGCUUUGUAGUUUUAAAAUACUCUUCAGGAGCACAUUUAAAAUCGGGACUAAAACAUAUAUACCUACGUCAAAUGUAUUAAUAACGAUAUUAUAAUAAUUGGUAAGGUCACGUUUUUCAUAAAUAUUUUUCAUUUCAUUCAAAAGAUCGCAGGAAACUAAAAACGAUAAGUAAUAUCGAACAUUUAAAAGCCAUAAAUUAAGAUACAGGCUAAAUCAUAUUGCGGUGUAUGUGACACUGUACAUAGGUAGUUAUUUAUAAAUUAUAAUAUACACAUACAAAUAGAAACAAUACACCGUAUUUUUACCACCUUAUUACAAAAUCAGGGAUUCACGCAUAUAAUCGAAAUAAUAUGGACACUGUGACGGUCCAUUAUUGGCCAACGGAAACACAGGGAUGCUUAUCCGUACAACCACUCACACUUUUUCUCACAAUCACGCUUAUACUUUCAUCGUGUACAACAUUUAUGUUAUGCACGUCAGUUUGGACUAAUCAUUGGGAAAGUAUGGAAUGGGAUUUUCAAGAGGCAAUAUCAGUGUUGAAAACACAAAAUAAAUCGUCCAAGUGGUUCAAUAAUAUAAAUACUGAAUGGCUAGUAAAUGGAAAUACAUUAAAAAUAACAAUUAAUGCGGUAAAGCCAUCUCCAGUAAAUAACGGAGAUGCUUUAUUAGUUUUGGCUACAGUAAAUCAAUAUCAUCAAAAGGAUUUGUACGACAUUCACACAUUAUUACAUCUGACAGAAGAAACGACGACUACAGUUAUACUGGCACCAAUGUACGGUGGAAUUUGGACUUUAUGUAUCUCUCUAACAGAUGAUCAGUUAAUACAACUGUACCAAGAAACAAACAAUAAAAUGGGAUCGGUGUUACCUAAAUGUGUAAAUUAUUUAGCUGAAGAACCUCCAGAAGAAGAAUACUUUAAACCAGACUGGCAUCAUAGAAUGCAAAAUGUGUCAAUAUCAUGUGCAUUGGUAUGCAUUAUAAUAGUUGUUACUGCGUCAUUGAUUGGACUUUUUUCUAUUUUUCGCCAUCAAAUUAGUGCUAUGUUAAUCACGGCUGUAAUGUAUUUAUUAGCAGGAACUUUUGGAUUGUUCACAUUGGGAAUAAUGCACAAUAAACAUCAUUCAAGAAAAACACAUAGCCAGAAUAAUUGCAAUCAAUCACUAGCACUUAUCGAUGGUAUGAUUAAUGUCAGUAGAAACAUGUGUCAAACAAUACAUUUUUGGGAACAAUUGCUAACUGCCAGAAUAUAUUCACUAGGCUGGAGUGUGAGUAUAGGAUGGGUAGCAGUUAUUUUAUGUAUUUUAACUAGCUGUUUAUGGACUAUUUUAUCUAAGAUAAUGAGAUCCACCAUAAAAUAAUAGUUCAGACACUAUUACGUUCGAUCUAUAUUUAAAUAACU